ACACAAUAAUUCCAAGUGAAGAAAACAAACACUAAGAUAUUCCACAAUCAAUCACCUCUUCCCAAAUUGCAUACAUUCUCUCUCUCUCUCUCUCCAUACAGACAAAACCAACCCAUUUCUUUCACUUUGUCUCUCUUUUUCUCUUCUCCAACUCUAAAUUUACAAUCACCCAAAUCAACAAAAAUAUAGAUUCUUUCUUCUUCUCUUCAUAAAAGAAUCCAUUUUUAAACAUUUUAUUUUGAUUCUUUAUCCCUUACUUCCAAUCCCUCUCCACCCAGCUCCCUUUUCUCUCUCUAAAUUCACUUUUCUCUCUCUCUAGAUUUGUUUUUUUUCAAUAAUUUUCAUCAAAGUUGUUGUCUUUUGGUGUGAUUUUUGUGUAAAAAGAAGGAAUUUUUGUUGGAUUAUAGAGCUGAAUUAUGGAGAAAUAUGAACUGGUGAAAGAUAUAGGAUCUGGGAAUUUUGGGGUGGCCAGGCUUAUGAGGAAUAAAGAAACUAAAGAACUUGUUGCCAUGAAGUACAUCGACCGUGGCCAUAAGAUUGAUGAGAAUGUGGCUAGGGAGAUUAUAAAUCACAGAUCGCUUCGCCACCCGAAUAUAAUUCGCUUCAAGGAGCUGGUUUUGACACCAACUCAUUUAGCCAUUGUUAUGGAGUAUGCUGCUGGAGGAGAGUUAUUCGAGCGCAUUUGCAAUGCUGGAAGAUUCAGUGAGGAUGAGGCUAGAUACUUCUUCCAACAGCUUAUUUCAGGAGUCAGCUACUGUCAUUCCCUGCAAAUUUGCCAUAGAGAUUUGAAGCUGGAAAAUACUUUGCUGGAUGGAAGCCCAGCACCACGUCUGAAAAUUUGUGAUUUUGGCUAUUCUAAGUCAUCCUUGCUGCAUUCAAGACCUAAAUCUACAGUUGGCACUCCGGCUUAUAUUGCCCCAGAGGUUCUUUCUCGAAGAGAAUAUGAUGGCAAGAUGGCAGAUGUAUGGUCCUGUGGAGUGACUUUGUAUGUUAUGCUGGUGGGAGCAUACCCAUUUGAAGAUCAAGAGGAUCCAAAAAAUUUCAGGAAGACAAUCAACAAAAUAAUGGCUGUUCAAUAUAAGAUCCCAGACUAUGUCCACAUAUCUCAAGAUUGCAGACAUCUCCUUUCUCGCAUAUUUGUUGCAAACCCAUCCAGAAGGAUCACAAUAAAAGAAAUCAGGAGCCAUCCAUGGUUUUUGAAGAACUUGCCAAGAGAACUGACGGAGGCGGCUCAAACAAUGUACUAUAGAAAAGAGAAUCCUACAUUUUCAUUGCAAACUGCGGAGGAAAUCAUGAAAAUUGUGGAAGAUGCCAAAGUUCCUCCCCCGGUAUCUAAAUCUAUUGGAGGCUUCGGCUGGGGAGUAGAAGAAGACGGCGAUGGAAAGGAAGAUGAGCCAGAAGCUGAAGAAGAAGAAGAAGAAGAGGAGGAGGAAGACGAAGACGAAGGAAAGGAAGAUGUAGAUGAAUAUGAGAAGACAGUUAAGGAAGCACAAGCUAGUGGGGAAUUUCAUAUCAGUUAAGCGUAAACUCGCCCCUUCUCGUAAAACUAGUGGUCUAAAGUUUUGCCUUUUCGAUAUUUAUAGGAUGGCGUUGUGCCUGUAUAAAAAAACGUGUCUGCUUAGGACGUGGCGUUGAAUAAAUGUUGUGUAAAUUAUUAUUAUGUGUUAAGGGCGUGCAGUAUUGUCUUUGUGAGGAUUUGGAUCAGAGUGUGAUGCUUUAGCUUUCGUGUAUGAGCUAAAGAUUAAGAUUGUGUCAUAAGCUAAGUACAUUGUGUGGAUUAGGUUUUGAUUGAAGUAAAUUUUAUGAAAUGUUGUGUACAGGCAUACAUACCAAUUAUAAAUAUAAUUCAUCUGUUUAGCUUA